AUGUCGUUUCUGCUUGUGGUUGUUCUGUGGUUUUCCCUUGUUCCUGCUGACUGUUCAGUGUCUUCUGGCCCCUGUGCCUACCCAGCUUUCAUUGCUGUUCACCUCUAUAGUAUCCCUGUUGCAUUCAUGGCAAGCGAGUUAGUUGAGAAACUGCCAGGGAUUGAUCUAACGGAAGAUGAGGAAGUUGUUAUUAGCAUGGAAGAUACGGUUGAAACCGAAGGAGUUGAAGAAGUGAUAAAAGAACUUGGCCUUGUUGGUAAAGUUAUUAAAGGUAAUCUUCCCUCGGGAAGGAUUUUGAAGAAGGUUCUGAGUGAAGCUUGGAAACUGAAAAGGGAUUUCGAUGUACAAGUUACAAAGGAAAAUAUAUUACGUUUGCAACUCUACUACUAUGAAGAUAAAAAUAAGGUCCUUUAUGGUGGACCUUGGCAUCUAGAAAGACAACUGUUGAUCUUCAAAGAAGUCCCCCCUGAUAUGGACUUAUCGAAGAUUGAGUUUUGUUGGGCGGACUUUUGGGUUCGCAUAAGGAAGUUUCCGUUGAAUAUGAGAAAUCUGCAGAUGGCAGAAAAGGUUGGAGAUAUGUUUGGAAGGUUUAUUCGUUGGGACGAGCUACAUUCUGGAGUUAGCAGUGAGUAUAUGAGAAUUAGGGUUGCUAUGUCAACUCAAAAACCGUUAAGAAGAGUUGUUAAGAUGCAGAGUAAGGAAGGUCCUAUUUCUUACAGGGUUGGCUAUGAGAGACUCCCCAUCUACUGCUUCAAAUGUGGCAUUCUAGGCCAUCUAAAAAAAUCAUGCCCUGUAGCACAAAACAAUGAAGAUGAUAAUAAUGAUCCGUAUGGAUCUUGGAUGAGAGCUAAGUCCCCUCUAAAGAAGCUCUCCCUAAAGGAAAAAGGGAAAUCUCAUCAAUUGUCCAAGUUAUGGUAA